UUGGAAGAAUCCACGCAGACAGGAGCAUCCAUGCCGUGUUUUCUCUCCCUCCGUUCAUGUGAAGCGCUGUUUCAUACAUUCAGUGAUGCUCCUGCAGCCCACAGACACAGCCAUACAGGAAGAUACUACAGUCCGUGGGACCUCACAUCCCAGUGACGUCCUGUAAUCAACCUGAACUCGUCAUCAUUUCAAAAAGGGGUGAAGCUUUUUUGCUUUUUUCCAGAGGAUCUUUACCGGAUUUACUGAGGAGGCGACAGCCGGACGCGCAGCGCGCAGUGUGGACAAAGGGAGCAGUGCAGUGAUGAAGUCGGAGUCGAGGCUUUGAGAAGAUGAAGAGCGAUAUUCUCCAGGGGAAAUGAGGUGGAGAAAUGUGUGGACACAGAGUACGGCAUUGAGCACAGAAAAGAUGGCAAAGAUGAAACAAUAAACCAGAGUUGGGGCCUGUGUUGACUUCCUGCGGCAGUAGUUGGUUGCGUAUUUAAACCCCACUACAAUGACCAUGAAAGGCCUGUCCACCAGCCGCAGUCACCACGCAGUGACCUGUGACCCCUCGUACGACUCUUUGACUUUGGGACCCUCGGACCGCCGGUCUUACUUCCUCAACCAAGGGGACGCUCAGCCUGUUGACCAUCCCUGCUACAACCAGCGGAACUUCUUCCAGUCGGAGUGCGGCACCUAUCCCGACCUGUCCAGCUGCACCUUUCCCCGUAGACAUUACAGCUCCCACCAUGAACUGAAGGAGGAGUGGGGCGCUCUGGUGCCUUACACGGGACCCCCUGGCGGCAGCAAGGGCGGUGGAGGAACCAACAAUCGCAUCCCCUCUAACUUACUGGAGCAGUUUGAGGGUCAAGCGCCUCUGCAGCAUGAAGGUUACCACACACUGCAGUACAAGCGCACCGCCUCAGAGCAUCAACGCAGUGACAGCCCCGGUCGAAUCCGCCAUCUUGUUCAUUCAGUCCAGAAGCUCUUCACCAAGUCCCAUUCUCUGGAGGGGCCGUCAGGGGCUGGUGGAGGGGGGAGCGGGAGGAUGAAUGGCACCAAGUCCAGUCCUGAUGAUCCCCCCUCGUGCUCUGGCACCCUAAAGCACAGUAAGCGCAGUAAGAGCAAGGACCGCUCCAAGUCGGAGCCAAAGAUGCGCACAGCCAUAUCGGGCUACUGGAGCUCGGAUGACACGUUGGACCGGGAGGUGUGUCUCUACCAUCAGCAACAGGGCGGCGGCGCCGGAACUAUGCCCACAGGAGUCAUGACUAUGGGACGUCACCCGGACAAAUCCCAGUCACAAUACUUCAUGGAGUCCUACAACACCAUCAGCGCCCAGUCCCUCAAAACGUCACGCAGCAACAACGACGUGAAGUGCUCCACGUGCUCGGGAAGCAGCAGCGGGGGGCUGCCGCUGGUGGGUCCUCUCGAUAGCCAAGUUCAACUUAAAAAGAGCUCGUGGUCCUCUACUCUGACAGUGAGCAGAGCAAGAGAGGUGUACCAGAAGGCAUCAGUCAACCUCGAUAAAGCUCUCGUGAAAGCUGAGCCGGGACGCACGUGCCAUUUCCUACAGGUACCUCAGGAUGAUUGGAGUGGUUUCUCCCCGCUGGGAAAGGACGACGAGAUCCCUUGUCGGCGAAUGCGCAGUGGAAGCUACAUCAAGGCCAUGGCGGAGGAAGACAGCGGCGACUCGGACUGCAGUCCAAAACCCUCGCCUAAGGUUCAGGCGAGGCGCGCCAGCUACCUGAAGGCCACACAGCCAUCUCUAACAGAGAUGACCACACUCAAGAUUUCCACAGAACACUCACCCAAGCUGCAGAUCCGGAGUCACAGUUACCUGCGGGCGGUGAGUGAGGUUUCCAUCAAUAGGAGUCUGGACAGCUUGGACCCGGCAGGGCUGCUGGCCUCGCCGAAAUUUCGCUCCCGAAAUGAGAGCUACAUGAGAGCAAUGAGCACCAUCAGCCAGGUGAGUGAGGUGGAGGUGAACGGCCAGAUCGAGGCGGUCUGUGAGUCGGUGUUCAGUGAGAUGGAGUCCCAGGCGGUGGACGCUCUGGACCUGCCCAUGCCCGGCUGCUUCCGCAUGCGCAGCCACAGCUACGUGCGCGCCAUCGAGAAGGGCUGCUCACAGGAGGAAGAGGAGGGACACGUCGCAGUGAGCAACAGGAGGAGCAACUCUCCGCCACGCACCAACACCACCGUCAGAACCAUCCAGAGCAGCACAGUGUCAUCAUGCAUCACCACGUACAAAAAGACUCCCCCACCGGUCCCACCGCGAACAACCCCCUCCAAACCUUUCAUAUCCAUCACAGCCCAAAGCAGCACAGAGUCUGCGCAGGAUGCGUACAUGGACGGGGGCUCCGGCCAGAGAACGGGAAUGACCUCCCAGCCGGGACUGUCAAACUCCACGGAGAGCAUUGACAGCAUGAAAGCCCUGACCGCAGCCAUCGAGGCAGCCAACGCUCAGGUCCACGGUCCCGCUAGCCAGCACGUCACCAACAGCACCAUCACCAUCACUGCCACAGCCACCACAUCUGCCGUUGCACAUGUUGGCGCAGACACAAAGGCACAGAGAGAAGCGCUCCGCAAGUGCCUCUCCAUAGGGAUCCAGGUGGACCCAGAGGACGGAGGGCCGGCAGAGGAGCAGUCUAAAUUCCAGUCAAUUGGAAUUCAAGUGGAGGAUGAGCGAUGCCACCGCCGGAUGACGCGCUCCAACAGCGUGACCACAGCCGUGCAGGCAGACCUCGAUGACCCCACCGAUGUUCCAGUGCUGCCUCCCCGACAUUGUGCCACCAUGCCGCGCCAGCACUCCCGAGACGCCGCCACCUCCACGGUCAGCAUCCAGGGCUCCGGGAACCACUACCACGCCUGUGCCGGAGACGACCUCGGAGAGAUGGGCUUCGACCCGUCCAUCCUGCCCCCUCCGGACCCCUGGAUGGACAGCGUGCCUGAACCGGAGAUGGACUUAUCAGAUACCGCCGUGCGAUCUGUGUGCCCCCGCGACGGCCGCUGGUUCCUCAAGCUGCUGCAGGCUGAGACGGAGCGAAUGGAGGGCUGGUGCAGACAAAUGGAGCAGGACGAGACGGAGCACGAACUGCCCGAUGAGAUCCUGGGGAAGAUCCGCAGUGCAGUGGGGAGCGCCCAGCUGCUGAUGUCCCAGAAGUUCCAGCAGUUCCGGGAGCUGUGUGAGGAGAAUCUGAACCCAAACGCACAUCCGCGACCCGUCUCCCAGGACCUGGCGGGUUUCUGGGACAUGCUCCAGCUGUCCAUCGAGAACAUUAGCCUGAAGUUUGAUGAACUCCACCAACUCAAAGCCAACAACUGGAAACCUUUGACUCCCCCAGAAAUCCAGGAGAGAAAGAUGCCCCCUCCUGUGCCAAAGAAACCCCUGAAGAACCACCCGCCGCCCCUGGCUAGGGACCGCUCUCUGGAGAGCUCAGAGCGCCAGCGCCUGGAGGCUCGCAAACGGCUGCUAGCUGCCAAACGUGCCGCGUCGGUGCGUCAGAGCUCUACGACCGAAAGCGCAGACAGCAUUGAGAUCUAUAUCCCUGAAGCCCAAACCAGACUAUGAAACGAACACCUCCUCAUGUCUACGACUCCGCACCGUCCCAUAAACGCAGUAGCACUGAAUGGUAACGCUAGGGUGCUAACAUUGUCACUUUUUUUGCUAAAUUUCCAGAUUACUUUAGGGGGAAACACCCACAAUGGACACUCUUUGAACAGUAAAUGUACAUUGAAAGUAUUUAUUGAAUUAUUUAUUUAUUUACAUAAAUGUAUCUCCACUUUCCGUCUCCCA